ACUAACAAUGAACUGAAGUACAUUUCUCCAAAGGCGAGAGAAGUUGACCUUCAUUAUCCUCAGUCUUGAAUCCAGACAGUUCUAGUGCGGACCCCUAGUUCAUUGAAAAGCGACAUUGUUUCUUUAAGAUUCGACUUUCAGCCAUCAGCGGGUCUGUCUGUUCAUUGUUGGAGAGAGAGAGAAAGAGACAGCGAGUUGAGAUUGAUAUACGGGUGCUGAGGACAAGUCGUGCAUAAUAUCAUCGAGCAGCUGGGGUGGAAAGCAGCACAGAACCCCGGUAUUGAGCACAAAUCCUACCAGAGACAACAUGGGUUGUUAUGACUGUUGUAUGAAGUGCCUGGGAGGGGUACCAUAUUGCUCCCUGGUGGCCACUCUGCUGUGUUUCUCUGGGAUCGCUCUGUUCUGUGGCUGUGGUCACCAGGCCCUCACUGAGACGGAGAGACUCAUCGAGACAUACUUCGCCCGUAACCUACAGGACUACAUUACCCUGGCCUACCUUAUCCAGUACUUCCAGUAUGUUAUCUAUGGCUUGGCUUCAUUCUUCUUCCUCUACUGCAUCGUACUGCUGGCGGAGGGAUUCUACACCACCAGCGCCGCGAAGCAGACCUUUGGAGAGUUCAGGAGCACCCUGUGUGGACGAUGUCUUAGUAGCACGUUUAUAUUGAUAACGUACCUUCUGGCAGUGGUGUGGCUGUUGGUGUUUGCCUUCUCUGCCUUGCCUGUCUAUUUCUUCUACAACAUGGAUGCUACCUGCCACACCAUCACCGUCCUGACUGAGACCCCAGCUAGCAUCAACCAGCUCUGUAUUGACGCCAGGCAGUACGGGCUCUUACCAUGGAAUGCGUUGCCAGGCAAAGCUUGUGGAAUGACACUGUCCACUGUCUGCAAAACCAGAGAGUUCCGUGUGACCUACGACCUGUACAUCGCAGCGUUUGCCGGGGCUGGCAUCACACUCUUGGCUCUGCUCACCUACAUGGUGUCCACCACCUAUAACUUUGCGGUGCUGCGGUACCUGGGGAGAAAGGGCAUAGGCACACGGUGUUAAGACUCUCCACUUCCUGUCUCCCAAUCCGACACAGAGACACCCAGAGGGGACAGUAUGACUCCCUAACACCCCUCUGCCUAUCCUCAACACCACCGGUGGAGUUGAUUCUUUGAACUUGAGUGAUUGAUUCCUUGAACGAUUCCUAUUCCUUCCAUUUUUCUCUUCACGGCCCACCAAUUUUUCCAUGUACUGUGUCUUGGUAGCACCAUGGGUGGUUUGGUCGAAACCCAGACGUAUACUACCUUAGUCUACUGCUUUGUCACACUGUUAUUUUCCUGUUAUAUUUACUUUGCUCUGAAGCUGUCUUCUUCAAGUUAGAAGUUUUCUGUAUUUUUGUUAUUCUCCCAUGUGUAUUUUAUCAUGGGUUUGUAAAGUAAUGUUCCUCACAUACUGCAGUUAGUGUGCCUUCAUGUUUUCUUCACUUUUUAAAACGUAAAUCACAUGUAAAAACCUACCUAGUAAUAUAACAAAGAUCAUUUUAUUUGACAAAAGUAUUCAGUUAUAAAUGUCCCACUGACUCUCUUGGUUAGGGACUACUUGGUUAGGGACUACUUGGUUAGGAACUACUUGGUUAGGGACUACUUGGUUAGGGACUACUUGGUUAGGGACUACUUGGUUAGGAACUACUUGGUUAGGGACUACUUGGUUAGGAACUACUUGGUUAGGGACUACUUGGUUAGGGACUACUUGGUUAGGAACUACUUGGUUAGGGACUACUUGGUUAGGAACUACUUGGUUAGGGACUACUUGGUUAGGGACUACUUGGUUAGGGACUACUUUGGGAUUAUAAUCGGUUACCAUGGGUACAGUCCCUCACAUCUGGUUGCCAUGGUGCCAGACGUGUGAGUUUGCAGUUCUUCUCUCUGACCUCAGGGCCUUUUCUCACGGGAGGCAGAAAGGCCUCAACAAUGGAGGCCGCCCCCCUUAGGACUUCUUAGAAAACUAACCAAUCAGAGGGGGUUCCUAGGGUCCACCUGCCCCGGCUGGGGGUGGAAGGGAGGUCUGUGUGACAAGGCCCCUUUGUUACUAUAGGGGCCGUGGUCUAUGGCAAGGGUCAGAUUACAUGUCAUAGGGAGAGGGUCUCAUGACAAAGACAGGAGAAAGGCUGAAGGCUUCCCUCAAAGGCCUGAAUACAACCCUGCUGUGACGAACGCACUGCUGCACGACACCCCAUCUGUUGGAGGUGAUGGAUCCUGUGAAGGGACUUGGAAAGAAAAGGGUUAACAUUUUGUUUGAAAGAACGGGAUAUCUCUGAGAGAAAAGGGACAACAUUUUUAGUGAGUUUGUGCCAUAGAUUUCUGGUUGGUACAGAUCAAUAGGAGAAGUCCUUAAUAUCUCUGUUUUUAAUGUUGAGAUAAUAAAGUUGUUACAGGUGCUUCAUUUUUUUUUAGCAACCUUCAUGUUAUUUAGAAGUUUAUAACAUCUCUGAAGAUACUUAACUCUGUAUGGCUCUGCAUUGAGCUGAUAUUAUCAUUGCUCCCCCUUCUGGCAGUAUACGUUCGCAAGGGAUGAGGGUCUGUUAUAGAGGCAAAACAAUGCCGUUUUUAUAUAGUUUUGUCUCUGUAGCUGUCUAGAAAAUAUUAGUAGUUAUUGUAUAACACCCCUAGUACUUACUGUAGGUAAAUGUACUAAUCUUAAUGACAAUUCACACUUUGUUUAAUCUCUUGCUAACAAAAUAUCUUGUAACAUACUGUGAGUAUAGGUUAUCCAAUUGGGUGGAAGCUUGAUCCAACAGCUCAGGUUGGUUUUGUGAACUGACGGCUGGCUGGUUGUCUGUUUUUUAUUUCUUUGUGUUUUAUGAUAUGUUGGUUUGGCAAUAAAAUAUGGUCUGUCCUUUUUUAAA